AGCACGAGUUGAGUCAUGACUUUUAAUUCUGUAACCCGGUCAUAUGAUUUGCCGUUCAUUUAGUUAUUGAACUUUGGGUUAAAACAUGCGUUUCAGGUUUUGUGGGGAUCUUGACUGCCCAGACUGGGUUUUGGCAGAAAUAAGUACACUGUCCAAGAUUACGUCUGUAAAGAUGAAGCUGCUGUGUGUACAGGUGAUCAAGAUGCUGUUAGGACAGGACAUAGAUUAUAAUAAGGUAUACAAGAUCACUGCUGAUGCAAAAUUUGAGGAAGGUGAUGUGAAAGCCUGCAUAGCUGCUCUCAACUUCAUCAUAGCAAGUGCCUCCAAGUAUGGUGUGGAUGAGGAUUCUCUCUCCAAUGAGCUGCUGCAGCUAGGCCUUCCAAAAGAGCACACAACAUCACUUGGAAAGUCAUACGGUGACAGUCUCCAUAAGCUUCAAGAUCAGUUCAAAAAGGAUAGCUUAAAAUUGACUCAGUUGGAGAGUGUAGAGUGGCGGGUGGACUAUAUCAUCAGCUCCAGUCUCCUCAAGGAUAUAAAUGAGCCAUGUGUGCAGUUAAAGAUGAACGUGAAGUCAACUAAGUCGGAGAAAGUUGAGCCCGUCUCCUUUACAGCAUCUGCUGAUAAGUUCAGAGUCUUCCUCAAUGAAUUAAAACAGGCCAGUUCAAUGAUGGACAGUCUCACCUCAUCCUGACCACCUGGACACUUUCAUUGAAUCAUAAAAUAACCGAAAUGAGAAAAUGUUGUUUUUAUGUUGUUUUAUGCAUGAAAUAAAUUACACAAUUAUGUAGGUGAUCCAAAUAAUGGACAUAUUUAUAUGCACAUUAGGUUUUUUAUUAAAAACAAUUUUUCUUCUGUAUUUUCACAAUGGGUUUGUUAUUUUGUCCAAGUUUAUUGUGAAUUCUAUAUGUGUCUCCAAAUAAUUCAAAAUGACUUACCCUGUUAAUCUUCUAAUGUUAAUUAACUCUCUGGUUUUAUGUUUAUUUAACCUUUUUAUGGCUGUACUAAUAUUGAAUCAUUUUUUUAAAACAUGCCUUAAUGAGUCAGAUCAAAGUGUUCAACUUUAACUUAAGAAACAUAGCCGUUAACCAGUUUAAAGCUGUUUGCCUUUUAUGAGUAUAUCUUUUAUUAAUUUUCAUUGAUAAAACUUAUUAUUCACAAUCAGUGUAUUGUCUAUUUGUUGGCUUCAGCAGUUUUGUACCUAUGAGGGACCAAAUGUUUAAAAGUACUGUGCUUGUAGGGUUUACAUUUACUACAUUUGCAGUCAGGCUUGCAUUAGUUAUCCCCACACUUUUUGAAAAGCGUGGGGAUAUUGUGGUUAUCUCCGCCGUCCGUCUGUCUGUCUGUCUGUCCGUUCUGGCCACUAUCUCCUCCAACACUAUUAGCACUAGAACCAUGAUACUUACACACAUGGUAGCUAUGAGCAUAUGUGGCACCCUGCACUAUUUGGAAUUGUGAUCUGACCCCUGGGUCAAAAGUUAUGGGGGUUGGGGUGGGGCCGGGUCAGAGAUUUUUAACAAUUUUUUUAAGGUUAUUUUACUAUAAUUUCUUCAUUUCUACACCGAUUGUCUUCAAACUGAUACCGAACUUCUCUUAUGACAAUACGGUCAAUCUCAACUAUGCAUGGCCCCAUAACCAACCCUGGGUCGCCCCGCCCACAUAGGCCACGCCCACCCAAAAUUGCAGUUUUACUUUAAUUUCUUCAUUUCUACACCGAUACACUUCAAAUUGAUACUGAACCUUUCUUAUGACAAUACGGUCAAUCUUAGCUAUGCAUUGCCCCAUUACCAACCCUGGGGUGCCUCGCCCACAUAGGCCACGCCCACCCAAAAUUGCCUUUUACUAUCAUUUCUUCAUUUUUACACUGAUUCACUUGAAAUUGAUACUGAACCUAUCUUAUGACAAUACCGUUAAUCUCAACUAUGCAUGGCCCCAUAACCAACCCUGGGGCGCCCCGCCCACAUAGGCCACGCCCAUCCAAAAUUGCCUUUACCUAUAAUUUCUUCAUUUCUACACCGAUUCACUUCAAAUUUAUACUGAACCUCUUUUAUGACAAUACAGUCAAUCUCAACUAUGCAUGGCCCCAUUACCAGCCCUGGGGCGCCCUGCCCACAUAGGCCAUGCCCACCCAAAAUUGCCUUUUACUAUAAUUUCUUCAUUUCUACACUGAUUUACUUCAAAUUGAUACUGAACCUCUCUUAUGACAAUACGGUCAAUCUCAACUAUGUAUGGCCCAAUUACCAACCCUGGGGCACCCCGCCCACAUAGGCCACGCCCAUCCAAACAUGCCUUUUACUAUAAUUUCUUCAUUUCUACACAAUAUCACUUUUAAUUGAUACUGAACUUCUCUUAUGACUAUACGGUCAAUCUCAACUUUGCAUGGCCCCAUAACUAACCCUGGGGCGCCCCUGGGUCAAACAUGCGGCGUGGGGAUAUGUGUCGGCCUCUGUCGCGCCAUUUCUAUUUAUAAUAUAUACUAUAUAUAACUAUUAUAACUAUAUCUAUAUAUAUAUAUAUAUAUAUAUAUAUAUAUAUAUAUAUAUAUAUAUAUAUAUAUAUAUAUAUAUAUAUAUAUAUGUGUGUGUGAGUAUUAAGACAUAUAUAUAUAUAUAUUACGGUUUAGCAGACUGAUGCAUGAAACUGCUAGUAAGAUGUAUAUUUAUGUGUUUGUUGUUAUUAUACCCCCACAAACAAAGUUAAGGGGGGUAUAUAGGAGUGAACUUGUCGGUCGGUUGGUCUGUCUGUCUGUCGGUCCGUAUUAAGUGUCCGCUCUCUAAUUCAAGUAGUUUUCAUCCGAUAUUCACCAAACUUGGUCAGAAGUUGUAUCUACAUGAUGUCUAGGCGAAGUUCGAACAUGGGCCUUGCCGGGUCAAAAACUAGGUCACGGGGUCACUUAGUGUGUUUUAAACAUUCAGCAUGUUGUCCGCUCUCUAAUUCAAGUAGUUUUCAUUCGAUCUUCACCAAACUAAGUCAGAAGUUGUAUCUAGAUGAUCUUAAGGCCAAGUGCAAACAUGGGCCUUGCCGGGUCAAAAACUAGGUCACGGGGUCACUUAGUACGUCUUACACAUUGAGCAUGGUGUCCGCUCUCUAUUUUUAGUACGUUUUACACAUUGAGCAUGGUGUCCGCUCUCUAUUUCAAGUAGUUUAAAUCGGAUCUUCACCACACUUUGUCAGAAGUUGUAACUAGAUGAUGUGUAGGUCAAGUUCGAACAUUGGCCAUGCCGCGUCAAAAACAAGGUCACGGGGUCACUUAGUGUGUUUUAAACCUCACCAUGUUGUCCGCUCUCUAAUUCAAGUAGUUUUUAUCCAAUCUUCACCAAAAUUGGUCAGAAGUUGUAUCUUGAUAAUGUAUAGGGCAAGUUUAAAUAUGGGUCAUGCCGGGUCAAAAACAAAGUCACGGGGUCACUUAGGGUGUUUUAAACAUCACAAUGUUGUCUGCUCUCUUAUUCAAGUAGUUUUCAUCCAAUAUUCACCAAACUUGGUCAGAAGUUGUAUCUAGAUGAUGUCUAGUUCAAGUUUGAAUAUGGGUCAUGCUGGGUCAAAAACCAGGUCACGGGGUAUCUAAGUGCAUUUUAAACCUCACCAUGUUGUCCGCCCUCUAGUUCAAGUUGUUUUCAUCUAAUCCUCACCAAACUUGGUCAAAAGUUUUAUCUAAAUGAUCUCUAGGACAAGUUUGAACAUGGGCCAUUCCGGGCCUAAAACUAGGUCACGGGGUCACUUAGUGCGUUUUUAACAUUUAGCAUGGUGUCAGCUCUCUAAUUCAAGUAGUUUACAUCCGAUCUUCACCAAACUUGGUCAGAAGUUUUAUGAAGAUGAUCUUAAUGCCAAGUUUGAACAUGGGCCUUUCUGGGUCAAAAACUAGGUCAAAGGGUCACUUAGUGCGUUUUAAAAAUUGAGCAUGGUGUCCGCUGUUUUUUUGUGAAGACGACAUGCACAAUAUUAUGUGUCAAUGCGGCAUGUGGGGGUAUUCGUCACGUCUGUGACAAAGCUCUAGUUUUUUCAACUUUAUCAAGUGCAAUAUAUUUGUAUGAAAAAAUUAGACAACAAAAGUUUUCUAUUACUUUUUUAGUAAGUUACGUUAUUGGCGAGUUUGCGAUGUACCCGGUACGUUGUUUUUGUUCUUAAUAUAUCAUCUUCUGAAUGUUUCAGGAAUACAUUAUUCCGAAAUACAUGAAGAGCACUUACGUUAUUUUUCGCAUUUAAAAUAUGUAAACGUUGAAUUAUGGUUACUGCUUCUUUCUUAAUUACUUAUUGAUUAAAAAAGAAGUUUUGA